CAGAAGGGAUCCCUGUGAACAUCUGGUCUGACUUCCUGUGCUACCGAGGCCAAAGAACCUCCCCCUUUGACUUCCUGGGGCAGUCGAGUGCCUAACUGCACGUUGUGCCUUUCAGUCUUGUGUCUAACUCAGGCUGUCUUUUAUUUCUCUCUCCAGUGGAAAGAUGUAUGAGCUCCAUGCAAGGUGGUACCCAGAUGAUCAAACUCCGGGGCAGUUCCAAAGGGCUAGUCCGGUUCUAUUACCUCGAUGAGCACAAGUCGUGUAUUCGCUGGAGACCGUCGCGGAAGAAUGAGAAAGCCAAAAUCUCCAUUGACUCCAUGCAGGAGGUGUGUGAGGGGAAGCAGUCGGAAAUCUUCCAGCGCUACGCCGAUGGCAGCUUUGACCCCAACUGCUGCUUCAGCAUCUACUAUGGAGACCACAUGGAGUCUCUCGACCUGGUGUCCUCCAGCGGGGAGGAGGCGCGCACCUGGAUCACGGGGCUCAAGUACUUGAUGGCAGGGAUCAGCGAUGAAGACAGCCUGUCAAAACGGCAGAGGACCAGAGACCAGUGGUUGAAGCAAACCUUUGAUGAGGCCGAUAAGAAUGGUGAUGGCAGUUUGAGUAUUAACGAGGUGCUCCAGCUGAUGCACAAACUGAAUGUGAACCUCCCACGACAGAAAGUCAAGCAAAUGUUUAAGGAGGCUGAUACAGACGAUAACCAGGGCACGCUGGGCUUCGAUGAGUUCUGCGCCUUCUACAAGAUGAUGUCAACGCGGCGCGAUCUGUACCUGCUCAUGCUCACCUACAGCAACCACAAGGACUAUCUAGAUGCAGAUGACCUGAAGCGCUUCCUUGAGAUUGAGCAAAAGAUGACUAAUGUGACCAAGGAGUACUGCCUGGAAAUUAUCAAUCAGUUUGAACCGUGUUUAGAGAACAAGAAGCAGGGGGCUCUGGGAAUAGACGGCUUCACCAAUUACACACGGAGCCCGUCGGGGGACAUCUUCAAUCCAGAACACUACCAGGUGAACCAGGACAUGACCCAGCCUUUGAGCCACUACUUCAUCACCUCUUCCCAUAACACCUACCUCAUGGGGGAUCAGCUGAUGUCUCAGUCUAGGGUGGACAUGUAUGCCUGGGUGCUGCAGUCUGGCUGCCGCUGCGUGGAAGUUGACUGCUGGGACGGGCCAGAUGGUGAGCCAAUUGUCCACCAUGGAUACACCCUCACCUCCAAGAUACUCUUCAAAGACGUGAUUGAAACCAUCAACAAAUAUGCCUUCAUCAAGAAUGAGUAUCCUGUUGUUUUAUCCAUUGAGAACCACUGCAGCGUUCUCCAGCAGAAGAAGAUGGCUCAGUAUCUUAUCGAAAUCCUAGGGGACAAGCUGGACCUGUCUGCAGUGCGCAAUGAGGAUUCCACCAAACUCCCUUCCCCAGAAAGUCUUAAAGGAAAGAUAUUAGUGAAGGGCAAGAAACUUCCAGCCACCAUUAGUGAUGAUGCAGAGGAAGGGGAAGUGUCUGAUGAGGACAGUGCUGAUGAGAUUGAUGAUGACUGCAAACUAAUGAAUGGAGAUUGGAAGGCUUCCACCAAUCGGAAGCGAGUAGAAAAUAUAGCAAAGAAGAAACUUGACUCGCUGAUAAAGGAAUCCAAAAUCCGUGACUGUGAAGAUCCAAACAAUUUUACAGUCGCCACUCUGCCACCAUCUGGGAAACUCAGCCAAAAGUCGGACAUCAAGAAGAACAAACUUGAGGAUGAAGUGGAAUCUGGGGAAGACUCAAGCACCAACAAACGGUACAGCCGAUCGCUGAUGGGCAGCUUUUCCAAACGCAAGAAAAAAGGAAGCAAACUGAAAAAGGCAUCCAGCCUGGAAGAAGGUGAAGAUGACCUAGACUGUCAAGGAAACUUAGCCAGGGGUGCGGUGCAUUAUAGCAGGAUGAGCAGACAGAAGAAAACAAUGAAGCUUUCCCGGGCUCUCUCUGACCUGGUGAAGUAUACAAAGUCUGUUGGGAUCCAUGAUGUUGAAACUGAAAUCUCUUCCAGUUGGCAGGUCUCAUCUUUCAGCGAGACAAAGGCCCACCAGAUACUCCAGCAAAAGCCAGCACAAUAUCUGCGUUUCAACCAACACCAGUUGUCCCGCAUCUACCCGUCUUCCUAUCGCGUAGAUUCCAGCAAUUACAAUCCCCAGCCCUUCUGGAACGCUGGUUGCCAGAUGGUCGCAUUGAACUAUCAGUCAGAGGGGAGAAUGCUGCAGCUGAACCGGGCCAAGUUCAAUGCCAAUGGGAAUUGCGGCUAUAUCCUCAAACCGAAGUGCAUGUGUCAAGGUGUCUUUAACCCAAAUUCUGAAGACCCACUCCCCAAUCAGUUGAAGAAGCAGCUGGUGUUGAGGAUAAUCAGCGGGCAACAGCUACCGAAGCCCCGGGACUCCAUGCUGGGAGACAGAGGAGAGAUUAUAGAUCCAUUUGUAGAGGUAGAGAUCAUAGGGUUACCAGUGGACUGCUACAAAGAGCAAACUAGAGUAGUUGAUGACAAUGGUUUCAAUCCAAUGUGGGAGGAGACUCUGGUGUUCACAGUGCACAUGCCAGAGAUUGCGCUGGUUCGCUUUCUGGUGUGGGAUCAUGAUCCAAUUGGGCGGGAUUUCAUUGGACAGAGGACGUUAGCUUUUACCAGCAUGAUGCCAGGCUAUCGGCACGUGUACCUGGAAGGCAUAGAAGAAGCGUCCAUCUUCGUUCAUGUAGCUAUUAAUGACAUCUGUGGUAAGGUCAAGCAAGCUCUGGGCUUAAAAGGUCUAUUUCUCAGAAAUCCAAAACAGGCCUCGCUAGACAGUCAUGCUGCUGGUCAGCUCCAUCGCAAACACUCCUUUAGCAGCCACAUCUUACGGCGGACGGCCAGUGCCCCUACCAAAAGUCAGAAGAAGAACAAGAAAGGCUUUCCUGAGAUUGUUAUCGACGCCAAAGACAACAGCUCUGAAGGGGCCAGUGAAGACCGCGAACUGGAAGAUUCUUCACAGCCUCGCUUUGAAAAAGAGCCGGAAAGCUCCUCUCCAUCGCUGGCUCCCCGAGAGGGGGCCAAUGGAGAGGUAUAUGGCAAAGGGUUGAAAGGUGUCUGCCGGCUCUCAAGGCAGAGGUCAGUCACUUCUUUAUGCAGCCUAGAAACUAUGACCGAAGAGCCCAUUGUUGCCAAUGAAAAACAACAUGCUGGUUCUUGCAUCCCUCUGCCUGUUAACCCCAGCAGCGAUUCUGAACAAGGGUCUGUGUCUCGUCAUUCCAGUGACUCUAGAUCGGCAGGAAGUAGCCCAACAGACCAGCCUGAGAGAGCUGCUCUUGCUCAUGAACCACGAGCAGACUUGGCUUCAGAAGACCAAGUGCUCAUCACACCAGGGACAGCAGCCACAAACACGUUGGGCCAGGAAGGUGAAAGUAGAAGCACAAAGGGACCACUUGAAGACGGGGGUGACUGGGAAAAGACCCAGGGUAGUGGUGAAGAUCAGUCUGGUUUGGCAGUGUAUCCUCAACGAACCUGGGGGAUGUUGGCACCAAGUGAUACUUCAGUCCAUUCCACUGAAAACUGUCAGAAGCAACAAGAUCGCGUAGAUCAAAUGUUACCAGGUGUGAAUUGCACUGCCGAAUCCAUAAGCCAGAAGGAUGGUGUUACAACCAGCCCACCACGACCAAGCCACAUGAGUAACAGCACCCAGCCGACUUUGCCUCCAGAUGAUUUCCAGAGACUCCAGCCUGCCUGGGCUCCGGCUGCUUCCAUUUCUCUGACCAGCUCUCAUGUGUUAGUGAGGAGGUCGAAGAGCGAAGGGCACAAGAAUUCUGACUACUCAGCCUUAACGAAAAAUCCAAGUAGCCUGUCCCCGGCAGCAGAAGUGUACUCUGAUGCCACUGUUCAUGACCAGAUCUGGAGCAAGCUAGAUUCCAGCAGUCACCGGGACAGCAUGUCUUCCUCCUCCAGCAUGUCAUCCAAUGACACUGUGAUAGACCUCUCUCUGCCCAACCUAGCUCGCAAAAGCCUUCCGGAUCUAGGUACCCGUCAUGAAAACAUUGAGACCGUUGCUGUGAGAAAGGGCAUGCGCCCCCGGUCUGCUACGACAUCUGGUAAUGAAAUGCCAAUCGUGACCAAGAGCAAAUCCAAUCCCAACCUGCGGGCCAGCCAGAGGUCCAUUGAUGAGCUACACCCCAGGCCUCUGGCCAGGGUUCCUCAAGAUGCAUUAGCCUCCAUCCCAAGGAGGCAUACCUGGAGCAGGCUCUACAUGGAAAGUCUCAAACAGUCUUCUGUCAAGUCCAAAGCCCAGGAUAAAGCAGGGACAAGCCAAGCGAAAUCCAAAAGCCUUGGGGAUCUCACCUCCGAUGACAUCAUGUGCACUUUUGAAAGCAAGUACCGGAGCAUCAGCAGGAGCUUCGUCACUAAGUCGAUGCGAGAGCAACGCCGCUCCUCAGGCAUAAGGUCCUCGGCCAAGCCCCAGGACCAACUGACCGAGCAGCUGAAGAAGCUGACAGCCUUUCAGGAGGAAAACGACAUCACUUCCCCCACUAGCCUCGAGCCAGUUGAAUCCGAGGAGGAAGAGGAGGGCUUGCUUCUCCGCAGGUCGUCCUCUCGCAGCCAGAGUAGGGUACGGUACAUUGCCAACCGAGCCAAGCAAGCCCAGGAGAGGCAGCGGCUGCAGAGCCUGGGUCAGAUCAACGGGAGCCCCAUUGAGGAGAGGGGAAACCCCGAGGGAGCCUGCUGCAUUGCAAAAGGAGCUUGUACUGAUUCAGCUUCCCCCAGUCUGUUUACACCCCAGCUAAAGAACCAAACGGAUUUUAACCAGGACACUGAGGUCUUCUUCAUGCUGAAACUCUAAUGCUGGGAAGCGCUGAACAAGGUCAAUAUUUACAUUCCUGUCCAAGCAAAACUUGGAAACCCGGGAGGCAUGAAAUGCCCACACGCAAGAGACCAUUUCUUCGCCCCCAUUGAAGAUAAAGCAACCAAAGAGAUUGGCUGUGAAGAGAUGGAUGACAGCGUAUUGGACAUCCAAAAUUAGGUCAGGCCCAGUGGAGUCAGUGGCUUGCAGAUACGGUUACAGUUUUAAGGGCCUGGGGUUUUGGGGUGGCUUGUUUUUGUUUCGGCAGCCUCAAAUCUGGCCUUUUUUUCUAACUGACCACCAAUUUGCACCUGCAGUUAUCUGUGCGCUCAAGCCACGUUGCCUCCGCCUUCCAGGCAAACCUCUGUGUGACACUAGUGGUGCCCACAGCUACUUGCUCCCGUAAACUGCAGGUCCGUAAAGGGAGGCCUAGGUUUAAAAUCUGGCCCCUGGCUGUCUUUCUGAAGAGGCUGAGGCACUCUGAGCUAGUCAAAAGCAUAGUGUAGCUGUUUUCUGUGUUAAUAAUCUAGCCAGCAGAGUCCACCGCCCAGCCUGGUCUCUUGUAUGUUCCAGUGAAAGUCACCAUUGCUCAUUCUUUUAAGCUGAGGAAGAGAAAUCUCUCCAUGUUCAGAAGCAGUGCUUUUUAACCCAGUCUGUCUAGAUGUAAAAACUGUGUCGAGUUAUUGUUUCAGAACCUAAUUUUGGGGGAGGAGGAAGGUGCUAGAAAAGAGACAGGAAAUGUCUUCUAUUGACUUUGUUUAGUUCUGCAAUAGCUAAAAUGAAUGCUACUAUUCCUUUGAGAAGAGAACUGACCCUUUUAGGUGAGAUUUUAACCAUGCUGCUGUACAUAGCACCUUCAGGAUGAAUUUUUCUGUUAUGCACUGCCAUGCAAGAUUUUUGAGCAUAUGUUUUAAAAAGAGAUAUAUAGAUAUAUAUAUACAAAUUUUUAGAUGAACAUAUUUAGAAUUAAACCCAACCUAAAUGGAAUAAUUUUUUCAUUUUUUUUAACCUUUUUUAUUUUUAGUUUAUUUUUGUCAGAAUUAUCAUUUGUUGUUUGAGACUAGAUGUACAUUUUAUUGGUGGGGAAGGAGAAUGUUUGUCGAGAUGUGUUUUUAAACUGGAGCUAAAGUUUUAAUUUUAUUUUCAGUCUGCCUAGUCCCUUUUUGGGGGGGUAUUUUUGUUUUUGUUUGUAACGAUUCCUCUCUGGAUAGUUCAAAAUUUUAAAAUCUAUUUGUAAAGCCGUCUGACACUACUCAAAUAAAAGCAUUUAACCUUU